ACCCCUCGCGGCGCACACGACGCAUGCGCGCGCCGCGCCGCCUACCGCCAUCCGCACGUCGUCCGCCAUCCGCCGCGUAACCAACGCUCAGCGUUCCUGCCGUGGAUCGAUCUGAUAAACGCGCAACCCCGCUUUUCGAGUUAAAUCAAUACAAACUUUAUCGAUUUUUGCAGCCGCAGCCGCCGCACAAUAGGACCGAGUGUCGCACGCGGUGGGUGCGCGCAUCGUAUCGUUUCAAACUUAUUCAAAUGUUUAACUAUACUGUUAAUUGUGAUUUUUCGUGACGGCAAGGAAGAUAAAUGAUUUGUGUAUUGAAAUUCAAAUAUAUUAAGAUGGUGUAAAGCCAAUUGCAGGGAUGACUUCAACGGACACAUACCAGUUAAAAUGGCAUUCGCACAGCUCGCACCUGAACGGCUCUGUGGCGGCAUUGCUCCGCUCGGAGCGGUUCACGGAUGUAGUGCUGUGUACAAUGGACGGGUCGCAGAUUCCCGCGCACAAGUUCAUACUGAGCUCGUGCAGCGUGUACCUGAGCAAUCUGUUCGAGGGCCAGCGGUCGGUGACGCGUAUGGGCGGAAUGCUGUAUGUGGUGCUGCCGUCGGAAAUAUCUACGAAAGCGCUAAAGAUCUUAGUCGAGUAUAUGUACAAGGGUGAAACAACAGUAUCCAAUGAAGUUCUCGACACAGUUCUAAAAGCCGGGGAGGUGCUCAAGAUCCGAGGUUUGUGGAGGCAGACGGAUGAUGGCGGCGCAGACACGGGGCCCAACGAACGGGCUUCGCAAAUGCAGACCACGUCGGCGAACAUUAACAAACAAGGCGCGUCCAAGAAACCAGACGAGGUCCAACCCAAGAUAACUGUUAAGAAAGAUGAUAAACUACUUAAGGCGUUCAGUCCCGUUCAGUCGCAGAAUGUUACAAGGCCAAUGUUAAUCGGACCACCGAAGCUGGUGUUCAUAAAGACCGCGGACGGCUCGACGCAAGCGGCGUUACGACCGGGCGGGCCGAGGGGUCAAACAAUACUCGUCGCGCCCGCGCCCUCGCCCGAGGGCACCACUCUCACCGCGCCAAUAUCCAUGAGCUCCGCGUCCGUCACCAGCCUGGCCUCGUCAUCAGUGGUGGACGACUCGGACGAUGCGCCGGCGCCGCGCAUACUGCGGAGACAUGCUGCUGAGAGAAAGUAUGGGAAACGACAAAAGACUGACAACGUCCCGCAAGAGGAGGAGGUGAAGGAGACUGUCGAUGAAGUACAACCUGAUACUGCAUCGGAGUCGUCUAAGAAAUCUUCGCAAAGCGUAUUAGAAACCGCAACAGAGGUGCAAGUGAAGGACGAGCCGGAGUGGGACGCGAGCAGCAUCGAGGAGGAAGAGCGCUCCAUCGCAGAGAUGUUCCAGGCGGAGAUGAGCGUCAAGUCGGAACCCAUUGACGAAGUGGAGAUAGAAGAGGACAGCUUAGUGUACAGCCCGCUGGCGUGCGAGCUGUGCGCGGAGGUGUUCACGGUGCCGGCGGCGUGGGUGCGCCACGUGCAGCACCACGCGCGCGCCGACCACCACCAGCCGCGCAAGAGGAAGAGCCGCUCCGCCAGCGACGACACCGAAGAAACAAUGGCACUGCUGCGUUGCGAUCUGUGCCAGAAACACUUCCCGAACCCCGCGGAGUGGGUCCGCCACAUCCAGAGCACGCACACAGAGUCAGAAUUGGCCAUAUCAAACAACAGUGCCCCACCAAAACGUCACAAUCGUUUCACAGAGGGCGCCCAAAACAAGACUUGCUCCAACUGCAAGAAAACAUUCCCAUCGCACGCGUCCAUGCUCAUACACAUGCGUACGCACACAGGUGAACGUCCGUUCGUGUGCGGUUUGUGCAACAAGGGCUUCAACGUGAAGUCGAACCUGUUGCGGCACUUGCGCACGCUGCACGACCACAUCAUCAGCCCCGCGCAGGUGGAGGGCGACGAAGAGGAGCCGGGACCCUCUGCACCUCCGCCGCCCUCACCCGUCGGCGCCGCGCCAGAUGUCAAGCGCGAAUCCUGAGGACGAGGAGGGCGGGCAGGUAGAGGUCGCGGGUCGCGCACAUGCGCCGGCGCAGCGGCGGAGCAGACGUCGAGCAAGAAGCAGCCGGCAGACGGCCCUAGCGUGCCGCGCAAGCAGAACUACUCGCUGUUCCUCAAGCAGCGCGCCGUGCUCUUCUCGGCCAAGAAGUGGAAACAGUGAAAAACGCCGUUCCGACCAGACGCUACUAUAUUUUCGUUACAUUAUUUUAUGUUAAUCUUAACUUGAUUACAUCCAACAGAUGAUGCAUUAGGUUGCACAAGCAUUUGCACUAAUACGAUAUAAUGCAGACUUCAAUUUUAAACUGACUUGUGUCAUUUGUUGGAUAUGAUGAGUGUUUUAUUAAUUUUAUCGAAAUUUGUAGCGAUGUCGGAAAUGAUCGUUCGUUCACGUUCUCCUGCCCACCCUCCUUUCGUAAUAAUUAUUUUCCCUUUAAUAUAUUUCUUAAAUAAAUUAUUUUUCUAUGUUCCCUAAUUUGUAUGUUUAAGUAUAUUGACAUCUAGUCAUUUGAUUAAUGGUAAUAAUAUGUAAGGCAUUCUAAACCUCUAGAUUUAUUUGAAUAAAAUUAUUUGUUACCUACAAAUAUUUAAUGUCAUGGAUUAAUGUAUCAUUUACAUUAAUCUAAAACUAAACUCAUGUUUAGUCUUGUAAAUAAGUAAAUAUAACUUUAGUUAUGCGAUUAAUACUUUUAAAGAGUAGAGAUACUUUUAAGUUUCAGAAUUAUAGCUUUAAUUUCAUCAUUCCUUUUACGUAAUUUGUCUAGUUCAAUAGUCAGUGUGGAGAAAAUUUAAUUUAUUUUCAUGUUAAACAUGAGCACGAUUGGAAAUAGGUUUGUGCUAUUUUUUAUAAAUGUAUGUGGUAAUAAAGUCUUAAAAGUGA